AUGGCUCCAUGGGAUAUUCUCUUCGCCGUCAAAGAGGCCGAUCCCGUUGCAAGAAUCCAAGCGUUCAUCGAUGGCUACAAGAAGAUCCCUAACUAUGAGGGCUUUGACGGUCCCCUCAUGAAAGCCAUCAAAAUCGAAUCAGCUUCCCUCACUCAAAACGGCAAAACCUCACCACCAAUAGCCAAAACCACCUUCUCCCUACUUGUAACUCCCAAUCUCCAAAAUCCACGAGGUUUCAUGCACGGUGGUGCCCAAGCGCUGUUAGUAGAUAUGUGCACCACCAUGGCAGUAGCUCCGCUGUCGUCUGAGGAAUUCUGGCAUUUCGGCGGUUUGACGAGGACGCUGAAUGUGGUUUGUUUGAAACCUGUGCUAGGCGGGGAGGUUGUGUAUGUUGAUUGUGAGGUUAAGGGUAUUGGAAAGCGAUUGGGUGAGUUCCCGUUGCCGAUAUGCUGA